AAGAGUGCAGAAGCAACUGGACGCGCACAGUCAAACCAUCCGGCGCGCCCACACACCAGACGAGAUUCAUAAGGGAACGUUGGAGCAUUAUUGACGCAAGACGCGCAGAGACAGCAGAGCAACGACCACAGUUGGAACUGACAGUCCACCUCAUCCACUCAUCCGCAAACCACCUUCAGCCUAACAUGGAGCGCAAAAUCCCGGAUUUCGCCGGCACCUGGGAGAUGAAGAGUUCUGAAAACUUUGACGAACUUUUGAAAAAGUUGGGUGUGAACAAGAUGCUGCGUUUGAUUGCCGUGAAGGCAGCCUCCAAGCCGCUGGUGGAGAUCACGCAGGACGGAGAGACGCUGUCCAUUAAAACCUCCACCACAGUCCGCACCACCCACAUCACUUUCACUGUGGGGCAGGAGUUCAAUGAGGCCACGGUGGACGGACGCCCCUGCACGAGUUUUCCACUUUGGGAAACCGACAGUAAGAUCAGUUGUGAGCAGACUCUGCCGAAAGGAGAAGGGCCUAAGACGUCCUGGACCCGAGAGAUCACCAAUGACGGCAAACUGAUCCUGACCAUGGGAGCGGAUGAUGUGAUAUGCACCAGACUCUACGAGCGACAAUGAACAAGAGCACUUCUCACUUUUCGUCCUUCCAGUCCCC